AUGGGGGUGAAAAAAGGCUUAAGCCCAAUAGUAACUACCAAGGGAAUUCUGGAGAUAGGAGGGACAAGAAGGGGAGCUUUGGGAUGGGAAGGGAAUGGAGGCCAGUCGUCCAAGUCUUGGGGGAUUGGGAACCAAAGGAGUGAGAAGCCUCAGAGAAAGUAUUUCUGCAAGCUGUGUGGAAAAGAUCACCGAGGGAAGGACUGUGAGGGGAAACCGGUAACUUGUCGUUACUGCCAGAAGUUGGGACACCGUAAGUACGAGCGUUACAAGAAAGAGGCUGACGUUAAGUCAGGGAAGGUGAAAGAGUCUAGUGCUCCUAAUAAACCACCUCAAUCUAGUGGACCUAUACCCAAGGUUGGAACCAGUAGCGUUGUCGGAGGUGCCCUAAAGGGUCGUGUGUUAGUGAUGAGCAGCCGUGAGGCUGAAACUGCUAAUAAUGUGGUAAUAAAUGUUUUCCUUAUAAGUUCAUUGCCUGUGAAAGUUUUGUUUGAUUCAGGGGCAUCCCAUUCCUUUAUUUCUAAGAGAGUAGUUGGAAGUCUCGGGUUAGAAAGUCCUGAGUCAGUUUCUCUAUAUGUGUCUAUUCUGUUUGGGGAAGUGAGGAGUUGUUCUAAGUUGUUUAAGAGUGUACCUAUUUCCAUCUCUGGGGUAGAAUUUCUGUCGGAUUUGAUAGAGUUCGAUUUAAAGGAUCUCGAUAAGCUGGUUGAGAAGGGUUGUCUUCUGUUUUUGUGUAGUAUUCAAGAGAUUGACAGUGAAGAAAAUAAGGGUGAUGUAAGUAUACCUGUUGUAGAGGAGUUUCCUAAUGUAUUUCCAGAUGAGAUUCCUGGUAUGAACCAGUGA